UGUGACCUGUUUGAGGAUCAGUGAGUAUCAAGUCAGCAGCAAGGAUGUCAUUGGGAAGGGAAUUUGUUUAGUCCUAUAUCGACAUGGUCUUUUGGAGUCAGCCAGUAUUUCCUCAACACAUGUGAGUUGGAAAAACAGCCUUCUGUACAAAGACAAGCGACGUUGUUGUCAACAAGCUGUUAUUUCCCCGUGUAUCGUGUGUUUACGUCGAGGCAUGGCACAUGACUAGAAUAAUAAACGUGUGAUGAUGGCCACAAGUACAUCGACCUCCAGAUUCCCCAAGACCGAUGGCCAUGUAAGCAGCUACCAGCAACAAGAAUGGGAUUACGCGCUGCCUGUACCCAAACUCAGCUUCUCUGUGGCAUCUGUCCUCGUCUUCUGUCUGGCGGUACUGUGCUUCGCGAACAGUCAUGACGGAGCGUUUAUUUUUGAUGAUCUGUCGGCCAUUACUACAAACAAAGACUUGCUCCCCGAGGCCCCGCUCUCAACCAUUUUCGCUCAUGACUUUUGGGGAAAUAAGUUGGACAACAGAAGUCACAAGUCCUACAGACCCCUCACGGUGAUGACGUACAGGUGGAACUAUGCCUGGGCAGGUGGCCUUCAUCCUCGGGGCUUCCACGUUGUCAACAUCGUCCUGCACGGCUUGGUGUCGGUCAUCUUCCUGGCAGUAUUCUCUGUCCUCAUGUCUGGUUACCAGGUGGACCAGGAAUCUGCCAGGCCGGUGUUUGCCUCGCCCCGAGCUUCUCUCCUGUGUGCUGUGUUGUUUGCUGUGCAUCCCAUUCACACUGAAAGUGUAGCAGGGGUCGUGGGUCGGGCUGAUCUGCUGUGUGCCUUGACCUUCCUCCUUUCAUUCCUGCUGUACGCCAGGGCCUGCCUCUCACCUACAUCCCUGGUCAGUUACCGUCCCGCGUCCUUCUCCCUGGUGUCUCUACUGGCCAGUAUGUGCCUGUGUGUCGUGUCCACCUUCUGUAAGGAGCAGGGCAUCACUGUCAUAGGUAUAUGUAGUGUUUAUGACAUCAUCAUGGUGUGUCGAGUCCAUCCCGUGCAAUGGCUGUCAAAUAGGAAACACCGUGUCAAAGAUAAGCAGGAAAUGAAUCUCUGGAUCAAGGGUCUCCUCGUGCGUCACCUCAUCCUGUUCCUGACUGGCGUGUCACUCCUCUUCACUCGACUUAGAAUCAAUGGAUUUGAAACACCAAAAUUCACUUUGGAAGACAAUCCACAUUCGUUUGUAAAUGGCACUAUAUCGAAAAUUUUGAACUACAAUUACAUCUAUGCCAUCAACGUUUGGCUGCUGUUGAAUCCAUGGUGGCUAUGUUGUGAUUGGUCGAUGGGCUGUAUACCUGUCAUCACCUCAUUGGCUGAUCCCAGAAUACUGGCAGACAUAGCUCUCUGGGCUGGGUUUGGUGUUUUGUUCUGUCAUUGUUUCCAUGGUGAACUCAAUAGAGAUCGAAGGAUCCUGAUAACCUCUCUGGCAGUGUUGGGUAUUCCCUUCCUGCCCGCCAGCAACCUGUUUUUCCGUGUGGGCUUCGUGAUCGCAGAGAGGAACCUGUACCUGUCCUGUGCUGGCUUCUGUAUGUUGGUGGUGCUCGGGGCAAGGCAGAUCUGCCAUCAACUGUAUCCCACAACCAAGAAGUGUGUGUCAGUCGGGUUUAUAGUCAUCAUACUGCUGUUUCUUCUACGAUCGAUGGAGAGGAGCAAGGAUUUCAGGGGAGAAGUGGCGUUAUUCACAUCUGGAGCCAACGUGUGCCCCCUGAAUGCUAAGAUUCACUACAACAUUGGAAACGUCCAAGAUAAGAACAACAAUACAGAUAUUGCUAUUGGUGAAUACAGGCUAGCUUUAAA